AUGAAUUUUACCAUGCAUAUUUUUGGUUUGAUUUUGUUUGCUGGAAUUGUUUCAUCGUCUCCGAAAGGACAAAUAUCUAUUACACAAACAACUACAGUGGUCGGCUUCUUGCCGUCUGAAUUGCAGUCUUCGACAGAGAUCAAGUUGACGACCAUUUUGGAAACUUCAACCCUAAAGGAUGAAAACAAUUAUGAAGAUUGUAUUUGUACACCUUUUCAUAAGUGCAAAACCUAUAAGGCAUCUCCUGAUGGCAACGAACUUAUUGAUAUAAGGAUAAACAUAGCUCCGUGUCAAAGUUAUUUGGACGUUUGUUGUAAUGAUACAAAAAUUACUUCAACAGAAAAGUAUCAGCCAAGUAGUCCAGAUACCACAGACAGUAACUGCGGUUGUGUUAGCCCCGAAGAUUAUAAUAAAGAGACAGAUAUUGACCAUAAAGAUAUUACUAAAAAUCCAUCUGGCGGUCAUUAUGAAGAAUAUACUAAGAAACCAUCCGAUGGUUAUAAAGGAGAUUCUACUAAAGAACCACAUGUUAGUCAUAAUGAAGAAUAUACAAAGAAGCCAUCGGCCAGCCCAAAAUAUGAAUAUACUGAGAAGCCAUACAACGUUCAUAAAGUAGAUCAUACCAAAGAACCACAUGUUAGCAAUAAUGAAGAAUAUACAAAGAAGCCAUAUGAUGGCCCAAAAGAUGAAUAUACUGAAAAGCCAAAUGACGCUCAUAAAGGAGAUUAUACUAAAGACCAUCAUGUUACCCAUAAUGAAGAAUAUACUAAGAAGCCAUCAGAUGGCCCAAAAGAAGAAUUUACUGAAAAGCCACACGACGUUCAUAAAGGAGAUUAUACUAAAGACCAUCAUGUUAGCCAUAAUGAAGAAUAUACAAAGAAGCCAUAUGAUGGCCCAAAAGAAGAAUAUACUGAAAAACCAUACGACAUUCAUAAAGAAGAUUAUACUAAAGACCAUCAUGUUAGCCAUAAUGAAGAAUAUACAAAGAAGCCAUAUGAUGGCCCAAAAGAAGAAUAUACUGAAAAACCAUAUGACGUUCAUAAAGGAGAUUAUACCAAAGAACCACAUGUUAGCAAUAAUGAAGAAUAUACUAAGAAGCCGUAUGGCGGUCAAUCAGGGUACCUUACUACAGAACCAGAUCAUUCGUAUGUAGUGACAGAAAAAUCGAUUACCACUGAACAUAUUAGUACGUCAGAACCCCUCUCUUACGAUCACCAAGAACACCAUAAAUGUGGUGUUUGGAAUAAAUAUGGAGUUGGUUUCAGAAUUGGAAACGCAAUGGAUAGUGAAUCUCAAUUUGGCGAAUUUCCCUCAAUGGUGGCUAUAUUCAAAGAAGAAUUAUCGAAAGACGGCGAAAAAAAACUUGUGUUGCAAUGCGGCGGUUCAUUAAUCAAAAAAGAUGUCAUCUUAACAUCAGCUCAUUGCGUGAUUAAGAAAGAAAUCUCAACUUUGGUCGUUCGUGCAGGUGAAUGGGACCUAAAAACAGAAAAAGAAAUACUUAACCACCAAGAUCGUAGAGUAACAAAAGUGGUUACUCAUCCUGAUUAUUACUCAGGAGGACUUUAUAAUGAUAUCGCUUUAAUUUUCACCGAACAUUCGUUUUCUUUACAAGAUAACAUCCAACUUAUAUGCUUACCUUCAAAAGAUGAUAUUAUUAUUAAAGAUACUUGUUACUCAAGUGGUUGGGGUAAAACUGUAUCUUACAAUAACUAUACUAUUGUUAAGAAAACUGAAUCGGGAAAAACUAAAGAAACUGGUCAAUACCAAGUCAGUAUAUUGAAAAAGGUUGAACUUCCAAUUGUUCCAGUGGAUAAAUGCAUGGCCGCUCUUAGAGCCACUAGACUUGGACCAAAAUUUGUAUUGCACGAUAGUUUCAUAUGUGCCGGUGGUAUAGAAGGGAGAGAUACGUGUAAAGGCGAUGGCGGCAGUCCAUUAUGGUGCCCGUACAAAGAUGAGCCAGAUCGUUUAGUUCAAGUUGGUAUCGUGGCUUGGGGUAUCGGUUGCGGUUUGGCAGAUGUACCCGCGGCCUAUGUUAACGUUGCCGGUUUUAUGCAUUGGAUUAAUAACGAAAUAGAAAAUAGAGGAUAUUGA